AUGGCAGAAGUUGGAAAACGCUUCCUAGAGUAUCAACUUAUCGUCGAUAAUCCCAAUCCUGCAGGUUUACUGGUAUGUCCACAACUGGUGGCAGGAACGAUAGCGUUUACAUUUGUGGCACCACCAAAAGCUCUUCUUGGUAUAGAGACCAUGGGACAUCUAGGUCUCAUCUACAAUGUCUUCCUAACUGGCUUGGAGAUGAACCUAGACGCUAUCCUGCUAGCAAGAAGAAUGGCCACAACCAUUGCUAUGGUUAGCACCAUCAUUCCAAUGUUAUUAGGAGCUGCAAUAUAUUCUAUGGCUCAAGCUCUCUACAAGGGUCCUAACCUUGACAUGUCACUUUACAACACACCUAGUGCAUAUUUAUUCUGGGCUUUGGUCCUCAGUGUCACAAACUUCCCUGUCCUCGCUCACAUUCUUGCUGAUCUUAAGAUCCUCUAUACAGAGCUAGGUAGAUUGGCUGUAACUGCAGCCACAAUAAGCGACUUCUACAAUUGGGCAAUGUUUGUGUUGCUCAUCCCAUUUGCUUGUCAUAGUCAAAGACCCUUUCUCUCGGUGAUAUUAACCAUUUUCUUUAUGCUCUUCUGCUACUUGGUGUUGCGCCCAUUCCUUACCAAGUUGUUGAAUAAGGAAACAGAAAAUAAUGAGUGGGACAAUUACAAGUUAUCGUAUGUUCUGGUUGGUGUUUUGGCUUGUGCACAAGUGACUGAAAUUCUAGGUACACAUUCCGUUGUUGGAGCGUUGGUGUAUGGAUUGAUGCUUCCUCGUGGAAAAUUUACUGACAUGUUGAUCGAAAGGUCAGAUGAUCUUGUCUCCAUGUACCUGGAACCGUUGUUCUUUGUUGGCUGUGGCAUAAGAUUCGACUUUUCUAGUUUUAAACUGCACAAAGUUCUUAACGUGAUCAUAAUUAUUGUCAUGUCAUGCUUCACUAAGAUUGUGAGCACUGUAAUAACUGCAUGGUUCUAUGGCAUGCCUUUUCGAGACGGUGUGGCACUUGGAGCACUUUUGAACACCAAAGGCAUCUUGCCGUUAGUAAUGCUAAACAUUGCAAUUGACAGACAGAUUGUGAGCACUGUAAUAACUGCAUGGUUCUAUGGCAUGCCUUUUCGAGACGGUGUGGCACUUGGAGCACUUUUGAACACCAAAGGCAUCUUGCCGUUAGUAAUGCUAAACAUUGCAAUUGACAGACAGAUUUUGAGUAGGGAUUUCUAUACAAUCAUGGUUGUGGCCAGUGUUGUGAUGACCAUACUAGUGACUCCGACAAUCAACUUCAUAUACAAGCCAAGAAAGCAGUUUAAGAAAAACAAGCUGAGGACUGUGCAAAACUUGAAGGCUGAUGCAGAAAUCAGAAUUAUGGUCUGCGUUCACAACCCUCGCCAUGCCACAGGAAUGAUGAGCAUUCUCGAAGCAUGCAGUUGCGCCAAUGCCACCCAUCUACGCGUGUUUGCUCUUCAACUCAUUGAGCUGAAAGGACGUGGCACUGCCUUUCUGAUAGACGAGGGCGGUGGUUCCCAACAAUCACAAGCAGACACUGAGAGCAUCAGAGAUAUCUUCUCAGAGUUCAAACUAGAACGAGGGCUCACCAACGCUAGCGUGGAGACUCUCGCUGCAGUGUCCUCCUAUGAGACCAUUCACAAGGACAUCUACAACAUAGCUGACGAGAGACAGACGUCCUUGAUUCUCCUUCCGUUCCACAAACAUUCAGGCGUGGAGGGUGCCCUAGAGGAGACAAACCCUGUGUUCAGAGAGAUAAACAGAAAUGUGAUGCGCUAUGCACCAUGUUCUGUGGGAAUCUUGGUUGACCGUGGACACAGGUUACCGUCUGAGAUGAACAUGUAUGUUGCCAUUGUCUUCAUUGGAGGGCCUGAUGACCGUGAAGCCUUGGCUAUUGCUUGGAGAAUGGCAAGGCAUAAAAGGAUUCAUCUCUCAAUGGUAAAUAUUCUUCUGUUUGGAAAGGUUGCUGAAGUGGAUACAAGUGAAACAAUCAAUGAUGAAGCCAACGGGAUACUGUCCCCUAUGUUGGACAGUGUAAGGGAAAAGGAGUUGGACGAGGAGUAUAUGAGUUUGUUCAGACUCAUGGCAGUGAACAAUGAGCAUUCCGUAACUUAUUCAGAGAAGGAAGUGCACACUGCUGAUGAUAUUCCGUUGGUUCUGGAUGAAUUGGAAAGGGAGGGCUAUGAUUUGUAUGUUCUAGGGCAUGGAAAAAGAAGGAACUCUACGGUGCUGUCAAAAUUGUUAGAAUGGACUGAUUGUCCUGAACUUGGGGUUAUGGGGGACAUGCUUGCAUCGAAUACUUUGGGUUCAUGCUCUUCGGUGCUUGUGGUGCAACAGUAUGGGUUUGGAGGUAUGAACUUGAGGUCUAUUAACCAAACCACAUGUGAAAGCAAUGAUGACGACAUUGAAGCAAUUUUUAAGGUCAAGAGCAUCAAAUAUAAUUGGUGA